AACAGCAACAACGUGACGGAAACAUGGUGCGAGGGGGCGCCCGCUGACUGCGCCGAAACAUACUUAGCCCCCAAAGAAGACAGCAGUGAACCGCGAAAGUGCGGCCCCGGACUCCUGACAUCGCCGAGCCACGUCCCUCGAAUGUGUGCGACACCGAGACACAAUGCCACCCGCGUACCAUGAAGACAACCCUUCCGCCGACGACACCAAGCAGCCGGACCGCGCACCGCCGACGAAUACACCCAAGCCUGAGGCCCCGCCGGAGGUCGAGUACGACGACUUUGGGCUGCCCGUGAGGAAGCCGCGAGCGCCGCCGCCGCCGCCGCAGGCCGAGAGCGACGAAGACGACAAAGAGUUCAGGGACGCAAUUGCCAAGGCGGCCUCCACGGAGCAGUUCGCCCAGCAUGGCAAGGAGGACGUGAAGCUUGCGCCGGCAGUGGAGGAGGAAGCGAAGGAACCCAAAGCGCAGGCGAAGCUGGAGGAGGCUGCGAGCAGCAACGGACACGUCGAACCAGAGCCAGCAAAGGCGGCUCCCGCUCAGGACUGCGAGCAGCCCUCCUCGAGUGCGCAUGUGCGUACAGCCUCGACCAAGUCGGCGACCGGCAAGCGCAGCAGCAUCGUCCAUGCACACAACCCCGCCGGCAUCUCAGAAUGGUCCCACAUGCAGGUCGCCCCGCGCGCUUCGGAAGAGGUCAAGGAAGACGACGACGGCGGGUGGCAGACCAUGCCUGCCUACGCCCGCUACGACAUGUACGACGACGACAACAGGCUCAUUGCUAAGGAGAACGCCGAGGAGCUCGAGGACAUGCACGGCUACGCUAACGUCGGCGGGGCGGCCAAGGGCUACACGCGCGUCAUCAUGGACGACGACGUCGAGUCGGUCACCAGCAUGGACGAUAACACGGCCUAUCUCUUCAAGGAGAAGAGCACCAUGUUGCACGACGAGGACGAGGCUGCCCGCGACCCGCUCGCCCAGAUGCAGACCACCAAGAGCCUCCUGACCGAGGGGCAGCGCAUCGCCUACGUUGGCCUAGUUCGACUGGCCACCGUGGAGACAGCGAAGCGAUUCGCCAAGCUGGACCGCAACAGGAACACUAAGAAAGUUCUCGACAUGGCACAAGAAACCACACAGAUGUGGUCGCAGAAGAUGAUGGUUCGCUUGUACUCGCACAUGGAAGUGGACGAGUCUGAGCAGAUCAUGAUCGAGCAGCUAUCCGAACACGGUGUCGUGCCUGCCGACCUGACCCCGGCCCUGAUGCAGAAUGCGCGCGUGAAGAACCCCGCUGCCGAAGCUCCCGAAUCAGCAAAGGAAGCCGCCUCUGCUAGACCGUCCAUCUCCUCGCCUCGUCUAGACUCCCCGUCGGACAAGGGCAAGUCGACAUCCAGUCUGGGCUUGGAAGACGAUGACUACAUGAACAGCCCUCCCCCGCCGCCAUAUGCAAACCAUUCUGGAGACGAUCUACCCGCCGUGCGGACACCGUCCCAGCUACCCACAACCUCAAGCUUAGACAUUGACCUUCGUUGGACCAUUCUGUGCGACUUGUUUUUGGUUCUUAUCGCUGACUCUGUGUACGAUGCACGCUCAAGACAACUUUUGGAGAUUGUUGGAAAGUAUCUCAGCGUGGACUGGCUAGAGAUUUGCCGAUUCGAAAAGCGAGUUACCGAGGCCCUAGAGAUGGAGGAAGAGGCCAACAAAGAAAACUGGAACGAAGACGAGCACAUGGAGAGCCGGCGGAAGAAAGCGCGCAACAGGCGUCUAGCUCUCAUGGGACUUGCUACUGUUGGUGGCAGUCUUGUCAUUGGUCUGUCUGCCGGCUUACUGGCACCGCUCCUUGGGGCUGGUCUUGCAGCUGGUUUCACUACAAUCGGUGUGGCUGGUACAGGAGGUUUCCUUGCCGGCGCUGGCGGAGCAGCCAUCGUCACCACUACAGGCGUCGUGACCGGCGGCACUAUUGCUGUCAGAGCCGCGAAUCGACGGACGGGUUCUGUCAAGACGUUUGAAUACCGCCCGCUUCAUAACAACAAACGGGUCAAUCUCAUCGUCACAGUAGCUGGUUGGAUGAAUGGUAAGCUCGAUGACGUCCGCCUGCCAUUUAGUACGGUCGAUCCGAUCAUGGGGGAUAUUUAUUCGGUGCACUGGGAGCCUGAAAUGCUUCGAAGUAUGGGUGACACCAUCAACAUUCUGGCUACAGAGGCUCUUACCCAAGGUCUCCAACAGGUGCUUGGAGCCACGAUCCUCGGUGCUCUCAUGUCCGCACUGGCGCUACCUCUCGCGUUGACAAAACUAUCAUACCUUAUUGACAAUCCCUGGGCCGUCUCGCAAGCACGCGCAGACAUGGCUGGCCUCAUUCUUGCAGACUCACUAAUUGAUCGUAAUCUCGGAGCGCGUCCCAUUACGCUGGUCGGUUUCUCGCUUGGUGCCAGAGUUAUCUUUGCCUGCCUCAAAGAACUUGCCAAUCGAGGAGCUGUUGGUCUAGUCCAGAACGCGUACUUGUUUGGAACGCCGGUCGUGGCGAAGAAAGACGAAUACACUAGGGUGCGAGCUAUCAUUCCCGGGCGACUAGUCAAUGGUUUUGCGAAUAAUGAUUGGAUUCUUGGAUAUCUGUUCCGAGCAACCAGCGGAGGCAUCAUGCAGGUGGCUGGCCUCGCCAGAGUAGACGUGCCCGGUGUCGAGAACUUCGACGUCACUGAAUUCGUACCCGGACACAUGGCCUACCGAGCCUCGAUGCCCAGGCUGCUGCGCGAAGUCGGCUGGCAAGUUGAAAGCGACGAGUUCUCCGAGAUUGAGGAUCCGGACCCAGAGAACCACGAGAAGCGUCAACGCGAGCUCAUCAACGAGAUCGAGGAAGCCCGAAAAGAACUGGAGAAGAAGCAAGAAAAGAAGGGCUUCAGCUUUUGGCGGAAGAAAAAAGUGCAGAAGAAAGACUGGGAGGUGUACGACGAGAAAUCGCAAAGCGCAAUCGACAAGGACCAGGACCCGGCUAAGCUGGCGGAGAACCCGAUAAUGUUCGACAUUGACGCCAUUCGUGCCGAGGUUGCGGCGUUGUCAUAUGAUGCCGCGUACGAUGGCAUUGAGAUAAAGGAGAUCAAGAGCACGCUGCCCCCUAUGAAGAUUGAUAUAUCACAAACUUCACCGAAUCCAUACUCUACUCUUAGGGAGACAAAGAGCUACAACGACAGUCUCGGCGUUGCGUCGCAGAAUCCUACUGGUAGCUCCAGCAAUCUCUCCACGUACUCGGGCGCUUCAACUCCACACCGGAACGGCGACCGGAAUAAGAGCAUUGAUGCGUAUGAUGAGGCGGGUGACGGCGAUAUCAGCAUGACGUUCGAUACAUCCUUCAAGGAACCGCCAUCCUCGAAGUCCCCUAGGAUAUCACCACUCCCGCCGACGCACAAAUCUCCCGAGCCAUCGUCUUCAGCCUGGGACCCGCCGAGCUGGAACGACAACCCCCCUGAGCGUCCCCAAUUACGGCCGUCCAUGACCGAGCCCUCUGCCCAAGGUGCCAACAUGGCGCCCGCAUAUAACGCAUGGGCAGACGAGUACGACGACGAGUUCGGCAAGGAGAAGGAGCUCAAGAUGACCUUCAUGUAGCGGUCGUCACCCGCUCCGAGCCUUGGAACACCGGGGGCUUGGACCACUUCUGUCGUUUAUAAUCGCAUCUUCAGCGCGCAUCUACGGUCGGUGUCUAUCAUUCUUUCCUACGGCGCAUUUAUUGGUCAUGGGCGGUGUUUGGCGUCAGAGGUAUGGAUGCGUCUUUGCCAUUGCCAUGCUUUCCUUGCAUAGAGGACGAGCAAGAUUCGGGUAGGGUGGGACGUGGUAUGUUAUACGUGGUCUAUAGAUAAGACGGAUGUAGGGACGGGUGAAGGAGGCGGUGUAUAUACCUCCGAUUAGGUAUCUAUUGCUAUACUAUAAUAAAC